GCACAGUUAGCAUGUUAGGACGAUUCAGCGCCUGAAUGAGAAGAGAAAUCCUACAAAGUGUUCAGAGUUAUUUUUAGGUCUUGGACUCUCGGGUGUUUAUAAAAUGUCUCAGGAUCUUUCAGUUUCUCCUGUGGAGGUCCAGGAGCUUUCAGUGAGUAAAGAAGAGGUCCCCCCUGAACAGCAGGAGAGGGGCCCCAGUCUGAACCAGGAGAUUACUGAGUCUCAACACCUUAAAGAGGAGCCCGAGGAACUACAGAUAAGUCAGGAGGGAGGGCAGAAUCAUUGGCCAGAGAAUGCUGGCAUAGUCAAGUUCACUUUUGUUCCGGUUCCUGUGAAGAUUGAGGAGAAACCUCAGUCCUCACAACUUCACAAGAGACAGACUGAGCAGAUGGAAACAGGAGCUGAUAGUGAGGACUGUAGAGGACCAGGAGCAGCCAGAUACUGUAAUCCAGAGAGGAAUUUACAACCAGAGACUGAGGUCAAGAGUGAGGACUCCUCUGAGGCUGAGACUGAUGACAGUGCUGAUUGGGUGGAGCCAACAGACCACCAGUCAGGUGUAAACUCACUGGAAAACAUUAAAAAUAAGAGAGGGAAGACUGACAGGAAAUCACUUUGCUGUUCUGAGUGUGGUAAAAUGUUUAACCACAAAACUAAUCUAAUUAAACACAUGUUAGUUCAUAGGAGACAGAAACCCUAUAGACGUGGUAAAAGAUCAAGUUUUGCACGAACUCUGGCAAGUUGUCUGAGACCUCAUGCUGGUGAGAAACCAUUUGAUUGCUCUGAGUGUGGUAAAAUUUUUUACCAAAAACAACAUCUUGCAUAUCAUAUGAGAAUUCACACAGGAGAGAAACCCUUUGGCUGCUCUGAGUGUGGAAAAAGAUUUAGCAUUGAAAGUAAUUUGACAACACACAUGAGAAUUCAUUCAGGAGAGAAACCUUUUGACUGCUCAGAGUGUGGUAGAAGAUUUACCCAAAAUGCAAAUCUGACCAGACACAUGUCAGUUCACACUAGACAAAAACUCUUCAGCUCCACUAACUGCCGCGAAGAAUUUGACCUGACCGAUGAAGGGUUGAAACAUCAGAGAACUCACGCUUCAGGAAAACCCUUUAGCUGCUUUCAGUGUGGUAAAAGAUUUAGCCUUAAAAGUAAUUUGUCCAAACAUAAAAGAAUUCAUACAGGAGAGAAGCCCUUUGAGUGCUCAGAGUGCGGGAAAAGAUUUACCCAUAAACAUCAUAUCAGGGGCCAUAUGAAAACACACUCUGGAGACAAACCCUUCAGCUGCUUAGAGUGUGGUCAAAAAUUUUGCCUUAAAAGUAAUUUGACCAAACACAGGAGAAUUCAUACAGGACAGAAGCCCUUUGAAUGCACUGAGUGUGGUAAAAGAUUUACCUAUAAAUAUAAUUUGAAGGACCAUAUGAGAACACACACUGAAGAAAAACCUUUCAGCUGCUUAGACUGUGGUCAAAGAUUUACCCGACAAAAUUCUGUGACCAAACACAUGUUAGUUCACACUAAACAGAAGCUCUUCAGCUGCGUUGAUUGUGGUAAAAAAUUUAGCCUCAAAAGUAGUUUGACCUUACACAGGAGAAGUCACACAGGAGAGAAACCCUUUGACUGCUCCGAGUGUGGUAAAAGAUUUAGCCGUAAAAGUAAUUUGACCACACACAGGAGAAUGCAUUCAGGAGAGAAACCCUUUGACUGCCCUGAGUGUGGUAAAAGAUAUAUCCAAAAAGUUUCUCUGACAAGACAUAUGUUGAUUCACACUACACAAAAGCCCUUUAGAUGCUCUGAAUGUGACAAAGGAUUUAACCAACAAAGUUCUCUGACCAGACAUAUGUUACUUCACACUCGACAGAAGAGAGAAAAUCUUUAGCUGCUUCUUCCCUGUUUAAGGAUUCUCUGAAAGGUCCAAUUUGGCAUUUGACAUUGCUCUGAAACCGUUCAGCUGCCAUGUAUUGUAUCAAAGUUUUCCUUGAUGUUAUCAGUUAAUGAGUCACAAGUGCAAUGGCUGACAGGCCUCAGAUAUCAGUUGCUAUUGAAGAGAACAGUGGAUGAUCAGAACCAGUCAGCAAAUUAUAUCCACAGCGAUAAUUACAAACAGAGACUGGGGUCAAGACUGCUGACUAUUAUGACCCUGAGACUAAAGAUGGUAAUGCCGCUGAGACACCACUCUGAGUCUCAGAGAGAAACCAUAUAAAUCAGCGGUUUUCAAAGUGUGAGCCGGGCCUCCCCUGGGGGGCGCCACAGAACUUCAGGGGAGGUGCGGAACCAUAAACCAGAAAAAAAGUGAUUUGCUUGGCUAA